ACCCUAACAGAACAUCAAGCUUCCUAUUGAUCUACCAAAGGUCGGCAGAGCCAAGGACUACCCUCUGUUUUUUGGGACGGCCAUCUUUGCCUUUGAAGGGAUUGGCGUGGUCCUCCCUCUGGAAAAUAAAAUGCAGCGGCCGCAGAAAUUCACCCAGGUUUUGUAUCUGGGUAUGGGCAUCGUCACGUUCCUCUACAUCAGCCUCGGCACCAUCGGGUACAUGUGCUUUGGAGAGCACAUCGGCGGCAGCAUCACUUUAAACUUGCCAAACUGCUGGACGUACCAGGCAGUAAAACUGCUGUAUUGUUUCGGCAUAUUCAUCACUUUUGCCCUGCAGUUCUACGUUCCUGCAGAAAUCCUCAUCCCGCAGAUUUUGACCUGCGUGUCGGAGAGAUGGGAGAAGCCAGUCGAUCUUCUGCUCCGCACCCUUCUGGUCAUCAUCACAUGUGCUCUCGCCAUCCUGAUCCCGGAGUUGGACCUCGUCAUCUCGUUGGUCGGUUCGGUCAGCAGCAGCUUCCUGGCUCUCAUCUUCCCGCCCAUCCUGGAGAUCUUAGCCUUUCACACGGAGGGUCUGUCGCCACUGGCGACCAUCAAGAACCUGAUCAUCAGCGUGGUGGGGCUGCUCGGCUUCCUCUUAGGAACUUAUAUUGCCGUCAUAGAAAUCCUAGCACGAAAUAAUGUCAAACACGAAGAGACAUUCCACACCUACAUGGUGCAGUAGGACAGACUGUUGGGCCUUUCAGGCCAGUUUAAACCAUUUUAUUUUAUGUUUUUAUUUGCUGCUGUUGUAUACGUAUUUUAAUGUAAUUAUGUCACAAAUGUGCGAGUGUCACGUUAAAUUAAUUACAGCCAUUAGUUCAGUCCAAAAGUCAUUAUAAAUACCUGAAAGUAGAAGAUGACUUCAUCAGAUUUUUAAGAGAUUAAGAGCAUUAGAGGUAAUUUAUCAUAUUAACAGCCUAAAAAUAUUUAUGUAAAUUCUCCAGUCAACACAUCAAACUACCUCAAUAGUUGUUUUUGGUUUUAACUCCCAGAUUCAGAGCUGAUUCUGAUUGUUUUUCACCUCAACCCAAACAUUUUCAAGUUUGCAGCUUUGAGUGGUUUUUAAUCACCAUCUGACAUCUUGACAGGAAGAAAACCUUGAUAAAAGAAAAAUGCACUUUGAUUUAUGCCUUAUUGAAUAAAACUGCACUACUUUGGCAUUUUUCGGUGACACAUUGAGCAGUUUAAAUAAAAAAAAUAAUGUUUUGAGAACAGAUUAAGGGUUAUAAACCAAACUUUGCAUUAUUUGUGCAGUAAUUGUGCUUUUUUAUCUUCGCUUAUCAAAUCCAUCGAUGUAUCUCUGGUCAGAUGUUUUAAAGAUAAAUAUAUUUAGCCAAAUUGUGACUAGGGGGAUAUUUGGAGGAUAUUUUGCACUCUGUAUAUAUCAAUGCAAAAUAUCCAUAAAAUGAAGUGACUUGAUGCUUACUGACCUAAAAAGAUGUAAUAUUUCCUCCAGUGCAAUAUUACCGUGUUGAAAUGUUGGUGAAAGUAAAGAGAAUUUCUUACCGCCGCUAUAGUUUAAAUUUUAUUUAGGUCAAAGAUUGAAUGGGUGUUUUGGUUCCUUUUAUACUUAUUUUUUUUUUCUAUUUGGGGAUUUUAACCAUUGAAAUGUUCAGCAAAACCAUCACAUCUUGAGCUUAUUCUCGGUUUAAACUCUGAACUAUUCAGAAGGUUUUUGGUCCAGGCCACAUUCAUAGCUGUACUAUGAUUUUCAGAUGUGCAGUUUAUGCAUCUUAAACAGAGUUAUCAUUGUUCAACCAGUGUGGCUCCUGUUAUUUAUCUGGGUUCACAUUGUGGGAUUAUUUGGCAUUUUCAGCCAAAAUCUAAAAAUAAGAAAAUCUCUGUUUAUCAUUAAAUGUAAAUCAUAAAGUAAGCAGUGGUACUUUCUGGGAUAACCAUGCAACAGACUUCUGAUUCUUGUCACCCUGAUAUGAACUUGUGCUGCCUCCUUUUUCUCCUCCUCUUUUUCUUAUUUUCACCAUCUAACUCCAUCAAUAUGCACAUGAACAGCUGAAUCUUGCUUUUUGUAUAUUGAUGGACUAAUAUAUCCGUCUCUUGCAAUCAUGUUGCAGUAACUAUGUUGCCUCCAUCUCACUUCAAAGUUUUUUCAGAAAUGUUGUUCUCGUUCUUUACGUUUAUGGUGAAAGUAAGCUUUUCCAGUCUAUUUUUGUGCAAACAUCAGUUGCGAUGAUUUUCUGCACUGCAAAUAUAAUACAAGCUUGAACCUUGUGCCGGCUGUGCUGUGCACCGUUUGCCCCAGUCACAUCAGCCUCACUAACUCUCUUUAACUUUGAAAUAUUACAGGAGAUUCAUGAGGGGAA